AAAGACUCAGCUAGAGGCUGUUCUGCUGGAGUUCCUGUGUCACUGGAAGCCAGAGCAAGCCAGAGCCUGUGUCACUGGAAGCCAGAGCAAGCCAGAGCACCGGGAGUAUGGUUGGGAGGAGAGCAAGGUCAUGAAGUCACCACUGCUGGGCCUGGUUGUGUGGUCUCUGCUCCUCCAGCUCCUCCAGCCGGGGCUGGCGUUCUGGAACUCCCAGAUAAGUCAGAACUGCCACAACGGUAGCUACGAAAUCACCGUCCUGAUGAUGAACAACUAUGCCUUCCAAGAAUCCCUGGAGUCCUUGAAAACAGCAGUGAAUAAGGGAUUGGACAUUGUGAAGCAGCGUCUGCAGGAAGCUGCUUUAUAUGUCACUGUAAACGCUACCUUUAUCCACUCAGAUGGUCUGAUUCAUAAGUCAGGUGACUGUCGGAGCAGCACCUGUGAAGGCCUGGAUCUACUCAGGGAAAUUGCUAGACAGAAACGGAUGGGCUGUGCCCUCAUGGGACCCUCAUGCACAUACUCCACCUACCAGAUGUACUUGGACACAGAAUUAAACUACCCCAUGAUUUCAGCUGGAAGUUUUGGACUGUCAUGUGAUUACAAAGAAACUUUAACCAGGAUGAUGUCACCAGCUCGGAAGCUGAUGUACUUCUUGGUGGACUUUUGGAAGGCUAGUAAUCUGCCAUUCAAAAGCUUUUCCUGGAAUACUUCAUAUGUUUUCAAGAAUGGCACAGAGUCUGAGCACUGUUUCUGGUACAUCAAUGCUCUGGAGGCUGGAGUUUCCUAUUUUUCCCAAGUACUUGGUUUCAAAGAGAUGCUGAGAGGAAACGAAGAGCUUCAAAAGAUCUUAAAAGACCCUAACAGGAGAAGCAAUGUGAUUGUUAUGUGCGGUACACCCCAGACCAUGGAAUCCCUGAAGAUUGACUGGACAGCGACCGAAGACACUGUCAUUAUCCUGGUGGAUCUAUUCAAUAACUACUACUUUGAAGAAAAUGCCACAGCCCCUGAUUACAUGAAAAAUGUCCUCGUUCUGACACUGCCUCCUGGGAAUUCCACCAUAAAUACUUCUCUCUCCAAAGAAUCUUUACAGGAAUUUAGUGACUUUGCCCUUGCUUACCUGGAUGGAAUCUUGCUGUUUGGCCACAUGCUGAAGACAUUUCUUAGAAAUGGAGAAAAUACCACCGCUCAUAAAUUUGCUCAUGCUUUCAGGAACCUCACUUUUGAAGGCUCCACGGGUCCUGUGACAUUGGAUGACUCUGGGGACAUUGAUAACACCAUGGUGCUUCUGUACACGUCUGUGGAUACCAAGAAAUUCAAGCCUCUUUUGUUCUAUGAUACCCGCAUAAAUCAAACUACCCCGAUAGACACCCAUCCCACAUUCAUCUGGAAAAAUCAUAGACUGCCUCAUGAUAUUCCUGGCCUUGGUCCUCAUAUCCUGUUGAUUGCCGUCUGCACCCUGGCGGGGGUGGUGGUGCUGAUUUUACUGAUCGCUCUGCUGGUGCUGAGAAAAUAUAAAAAAGACAAUGAGCUUCGUCAGAAAAAAUGGUCCCACAUUCCUCCUGAAAAAAUCCUUCCUCUGGAGACCAAUGAGACGAACCACGUCAGCCUGAAGAUUGAUGAUGACAAGAAACGGGACACAGUCCAAAGACUACGACAGUGCAAAUAUGACCAAAAGCGAGUGAUUCUCAAAGAUCUCAAGUACAGUGAUGGCAAUUUCAGUGAGAAACAGAAGAUAGAAUUGAACAAGCUGCUUCAAAGUGACUUUUACAACCUGACCAAGUUCUACGGCACCGUGAAGCUGGAUACGAGGAUCUUCGGGGUGAUAGAGUACUGUGAGAGAGGGUCCCUCCGGGAAGUUUUAAAUGAUACAAUUUCCUACCCUGAUGGCACAUUCAUGGAUUGGGAAUUUAAGAUCUCUGUCUUGUAUGACAUUGCUAAGGGGAUGUCAUAUCUGCACUCCAGUAAAAUAGAAGUCCAUGGUCGCCUGAAAUCCACCAACUGUGUUGUAGACAGCAGAAUGGUGGUGAAGAUCACUGAUUUUGGCUACAAUUCCAUUUUGCCUCCAAAAAAAGACCUGUGGACAGCCCCGGAGCACCUGCGCCAGGCCAGCACCUCUCAGAAGGGAGAUGUGUACAGCUUCGGGAUCAUCGCCCAGGAGAUCAUCAUGCGGAGGGAAACCUUCUACACCUUGAGCUGCCGGGACCAGAAGGAGAAGAUUUUCAGAGUGGAGCACCCAGAUGGAUUGAAGCCCUUCCGCCCAGAUCUUUUCCUGGAAACAGCGGAGGAAAAGGAGCUGGAAGUGUAUCUACUUGUAAAAAACUGUUGGGAAGAAGAUCCAGAAAAAAGACCAGAUUUCAAGAAAAUUGAGAACACAUUGGCCAAGAUAUUUGGCCUGUUUCAUGACCAAAAGAAUGAAUCAUACAUGGAUACUUUGAUCCGACGUCUACAGCUCUAUUCCCGAAACCUGGAACAUCUGGUGGAGGAGAGGACACAGCUGUACAAGGCAGAGAGAGACAGAGCUGACAGACUUAACUUUAUGUUGCUGCCAAGGCCAGUGGUACAGUCUCUGAAGGAAAAAGGCAUCGUAGAGCCAGAAUUAUAUGAGGAAGUGACAGUUUACUUCAGUGACAUUGUAGGGUUCACUACAAUCUGCAAAUACAGCACCCCCAUGGAAGUGGUGGACAUGCUUAAUGACCUCUAUAAGAGUUUUGACCAGAUUGUUGAUCACCAUGAUGUCUACAAGGUGGAAACCAUUGGUGACGCCUACGUGGUAGCUAGUGGUUUGCCUACGAGAAAUGGCAAUCGACAUGCGAUAGACAUUUCCAAGAUGGCUUUGGAUAUCCUCAGCUUCAUAGGCACCUUUGAAUUGGAGCAUCUUCCUGGUCUCCCAGUGUGGAUUCGCAUUGGAGUUCACUCGGGUCCCUGUGCUGCUGGAGUUGUGGGAAUCAAGAUGCCCCGUUAUUGUCUGUUUGGAGAUACUGUCAACACGGCCUCUAGGAUGGAAUCCACGGGCCUCCCCUUGAGGAUCCACAUGAGCAGCUCCACAAUAGCCAUCCUGAAGCGAGUUCAGUGCCAGUUCCUGUACGAGAUGAGAGGAGAAACGUAUCUGAAGGGGAAAGGGACAGAGACCACCUACUGGCUGACCGGAAUGAAGGACCAAGAGUACAACCUGCCCACCCCACCGACUGUGGAAAAUCAACAGCGUUUGCAAGCGGAAUUUUCAGACAUGAUUACCAACUCCUUGCAGAAAAGACAGGCUACCGGCAUAAAAAGCCGUAAACCAGCACGGGUUGCCAGCUAUAAGAAAGGCACGCUGGAAUACUUACAGCUGAAUACAACAGACCAGGACAGCACUUAUUUUUAGACCUACCAGAGAUGGGAGGACUUCUGCACAUUAAAUCCCUGCACUGAGGUAGUAACCUCAAGCGUCCCGUGACCUCAGUGACACAGAAAAAUAACCUCGGCUACCUUGUCUUGAACACAGACUUCCUUCUGUGAAUCACAUGUGUUUUUUCAGUGAAAUAACUCUUUUCUGGAAUCUUACCCCAACCAUCAUUUCAAGAAGCUUCCACCUGGAAAAGAGGAGGAGGAAGAUACUAUCUAGAACUUGCAAUUUUGUUCUUAUUUCAUUCGUUUUUGUUUUACUGACUGCUCCUUUCAUUCUGUGAACAUUAGAGGAUGUUUUAAAUUGUCCCAACUGUAUGUUAAAUACUUUGUGUCUAUGAAAGUGUACUUAGCUCAUACAUUUUGUAGAAUAUAUGCUGUAAGUUAAAAAUAAAAGUUAAAAGUUUUCUG